CCGGGCGCUCUCCGGCCGCCCCGCUCCGCUCCGCCGCCGAGCCCCGGGGAAGGGGUGGGAGCGGUGCGAGGGGGUGUGGGCACGGCGCGGGCGAGAGGAGGCAGAUGCUUGCCGAGGGACGGCCCCUCCGGAGGGGCUCGGCCCUGGGCAGCGCCUCCCGGGCGGCGGCUGAAGCGCUGCGGGGUGUCGGGGAGCCGGACGGCGCCAUGCGCCCCUCCGAGGAGUGAGGGACCGAGGCGACCGGAGAAGCGACCGAGGUGACCGGAGGAGAAGGACCGAGGUGACGGGAGCGCUGCCACCGUAACUCCCAUUCCCUCCUCUCUUUUCCUUGCUAAUUCACAGAAGAAAAGACGAGCUGUAAAGAAAACACUAAUCUUCUCCCUGCAAGUCUAUGAAAAGACCCAUUCCUCCCCUUAUUCUAACCUGAGCAGAAGGGUCAGCUACAACGUGUCUCUUCAGGAAGACUCCACAAUGAAAAAAACAACCCACAGUUGCUUCUUACUGAUUAUCCUUCUUAUUAGAAUGGUUCCAAGUCUUACUGCUACUGUAAAUUAUACUGAUCCUACAUUAGAGCCUGUAGUAACUGAAAAUUCAGUCAUACGACAGAAGAUAAUAGAUUCACAAUUCAAAUGCUAUGAGAGGAUGAACAGAGCACCUCCAUAUAGGAAAAAAGGUCUGUUCUGCAACCGAACCUGGGAUGGCUGGCUGUGCUGGGACGACACACCUGCUGGCAGAAUCACUGCUCAGAACUGUCCAGAUUACUUUCCAGACUUCGAUCCAACUGAAAGAGCUUCAAAAUAUUGCGAUGAAACUGGAAACUGGUUCCGCCAUCCUGAGAGCAACCGCACUUGGUCCAACUACACCCUCUGCAACUCUUUCACCUCUGAAAAACUGAAGAUGGCGUUCAUACUUUAUUAUAUGGCAAUCGUUGGCCACGCUUUGUCUAUAACAUCCCUGUUGAUUUCCUUGGCAAUUUUCUUCUAUUUCAAGAGCCUCAGCUGUCAAAGAAUAACGCUGCAUAAGAAUUUGUUUUUUUCUUACGUGCUGAACUCCGUGUUUACAAUUGCCCACCUCAUCGCUGUUGUGCCUAACCCAGGCCUUGUAAAGAGGGAUCCAGUAAGCUGCAAAGUGCUGCAAUUCUUCCACCAGUACAUGCUGGGCUGCAACUACUUCUGGAUGCUCUGCGAAGGGAUUUACCUUCACACAUUAAUUGUGGUGGCAGUGUUUGCUGAGGAGCAGCGUUUGCACUGGUAUUACCUCUUGGGCUGGGGGUUCCCUUUAGUGCCAGCAUCUAUUCAUGCAGUUGCAAGAGCCAAAUACUUCAAUGACAACUGCUGGAUGAGUGUUGACACUUACUUGCUUUAUAUUGUUCAUGGACCUGUAAUGGCAGCUUUAUUGGUCAAUUUUUUCUUUUUACUCAACAUUGUCCGAGUUUUGGUGACAAAGCUAAGAGACACCCACCGUGCUGAGUCCAACAUGUAUAUGAAAGCUGUCAGAGCCACAUUAAUCCUGGUGCCCUUACUAGGAAUUCAAUUUGUUAUUAUUCCCUGGAGACCAGAAAACCGACUUGCUGGAGAAAUAUAUGAUUACAUCAUGCAUAUAUUAAUGCAUUACCAGGGCUUACUUGUGGCAACUAUAUUCUGCUUCUUCAAUGGUGAGGUGCAAGGAGCUUUGAAAAGGCAAUGGAUGCAGUACAAAACCCAGUGGGGCCAAAGGCGCCGAGAGCACUGUUCCACCCGAUCUACCUCCUACACUGCAACGUCAAUCACAGAGGUCCCUGUGUACCUGUACCAUCAUGACUCCAACAAUGAACAGCUAAAUGGAAGAUACAUAGAUGACUCUGAACUUGUUGCAUUGAAAUCUGGAGAGACAUCUGCCUAGCUCAGCAGCAGCCACUGCAAACACACUAUUUCACGUCCUGCUUGUGAACAAAGAGAGGGAAAGGGUGGGAGUGCAGAAGCCCAAGCCACUGGGGGAGAACACAAGACCAGGUGAAUGGACACACCAUAUUCAAACCACAUCAGCCUCUGACAGCAAUGGCCUAGAGAGAGUCUGACGCAGAGGUGGGAAUGGCAUUUCUAACUAUUGAGCAUGGACCUGCCCACCGGGCUACAUAAUUCCCACACCUCCUGACACUGGCCAUAUGAAGUGACAGUCUGGCAGAAGCAGUGGUGCCAAGGAGCCCACAGCAAAUAGGAAAGAAAGAACCAGCAUGUGGUAAUUGGAAACUUUCAGCACUUUUUGCUUUCAGUACUUUUCUUUAACACUAGAUUUUAAAUAUCCACUUUCACAUGAUGUGACUGGCUUGGAGUCAUUUACUUUUCCCCUUUUAAGGAACUUGGUAACUUCCUAAAAGAUUUUGCACAUUGUGAGACAAAUCAAAGAGAUGAACAGAAAAAAAGUAAUUACAAAGUAUUCAAAUCUUGAUGAUCUCCAAUGGAUACCCCAAAAUAUUUCCAUCCCAUUAAGCAGGUGCAUAAAACAAGUGAAGGUAAAACAGUAGUUGUAUAACGAGAUCUCAGACAACCUCAGAGGAACCAACCAGGUCUUUAGCCUGUCUCACACUCCUCCUGAAGGCAUCUGAAAAUAAUUGCUGAUUAACAAUACUGGUAGUUCAAGAGUAUUUAUAGGAAAAAAAUGUCACCCUAUUACUCUGCCCAGAAACACAUCAUUAAGGCACAAUUCUUUCAUUUUGAAUAAACUGUGAAAUUUGUUUGGAAAUAAUUAUUUUCUUUAAUAGCCACUCUGAGAUGAAUGCUAAAUGAAUGCUUGCUUCUCUGAUAAAAUUAUGAUCAUGGCCGUAAGGGGCACCAGGUAAGAAAUGAGAAACUACUGCCAUAGCACAGGAAACAUCUAUUUUUAGAAUGUUUGCUGUUCUGAGUCCCGUACUGUUGAAGGUGACAAUUUCAUGUGUGAGUCUGUCACCAGGAAAACAAGAUGAACAUACAGUUUUGUGAUUAAUAAGCACCUUUUACCACACAUUCAAAGCAUCAUUAGAGUAUCUAUGUGAUUACUGAAGCAGAAAUCAGGUCAGGAAGAAGCUGAUUUGCCGUUGGAAGUUAGAGGACUGUCACUGCAAAAGUUCUGCAAAUCACAAAAGAAAUAAAAUAGGUGAAUUUCCCACAUAAAGCUAAACAAAAAGAAUCUGCAAGCAGCAAAAACAGUGCCCACGAAGUUUUGCAAGUAUAUGAAUGCUCUGACAUUUUAUGCAUAAAAUGUUUAAUGAAUAUAAUGUCAUUCCUUCUUGAAUCUUUGAAAAACUGUCCUGCAGAUCUCUCUCGCUCCCUCCCCACCCUUUACCUUUUGUUCAGAUAUGCAUGGGAUAUUUCAAAUGCUAACAACUUCAAGGUACUAAUUUUGAAAUCUUUAGCUUCAAAGCAAGUUGUAAAGUUAUCAGUCCUUCUUUGCUUUCCCUUCAAAUCCACUUGCAUAUGACACUUCAAACCCAGUCUACUCAGGAAGACGUGGUCAGAGGAGGAGGCAGCUAAAAGUACCAGUGGUGGUACUUGCUCAGUGUCUAAAUCUCAAAUGUCUAAAUGCCAUCCCUGACAUGGGAGCUAUAAAAAUGCUGCCCUAAGUGGCAGAUGAAUAGGAAAAGUUGGGAUGCCAACCCCUAAACUGCGGCUGUAUUCAUGUGGGACUUCUUUCACAGGUGUAAAAUUUCUUUCUUUCCUUCACUUGCUUGCUGUGAUUCCAUCCAUAAUGAUUUUUUUCUCCUUAGUACUGCAUAAGGUACUUAAAAUAUUAUGGGUUAGAAUAGUUUUAAAUCCAGAUCUUUUCAGAUAGUAAAGGAGAAAAGAAAAAAACUGCAAUAAAGUGCUUGAACUAAAUGUCAAUUCGUUUGUAAUUUUAGAGGUCACAGAGGCCCUAAACCUGCGGUCAUGCUGUGCCAAGGAAGGGCUGCAGGACAGUCUGUGUGCCACAGAGCAAAGUGCAUUCUGGAGAGUCCCAUGGGAAGAGGUCAUAGGUAAAUCCUGACAUAAACCUUCAUAAUCUAAUUCAGAUUCCAUUGAGAUUAGCAGGUAAAUCCCUGCUGAUUUAAAUGAGUGGUGAACAACUCUAUUUAGCAUUUAGGUAUGUUUUACACAAUGCAGUUUGGCGUAGACAUCAGAAAACAGAGAGAAAUUAAUUCCUAGUGAUUUGGAACCAUUUUUAAAUAGUAUUCAGCUGGGCUGUUUUCCCUUCACUGACACAGCUAGACUAUGACAAGAAGCUUUACUAUUCACUGAAAUUUUUAAGUGGAGGUACACUGAACACGUCUACCUACAUGAGAUGCCAUCUCACUGGAACAGUCCCUACCAGGAAUGAGUUGAUGAGGUAUAUGUGCAAUCCCAGUGCUACGAGACAGGACCAAUUCCUCAUCACACAUGCAUGAGGCAAUGCCUUGCAGGAGAGGGGUGUGCUCCAUUUGUGCCACAGGCACACAUGCAGCCAUUGCACACCACCAAAGCUUCCUCCCCACAGUGAGGAGCUGCUGAUGUUGCCACCACAGAACAAGAGAGGAGCAGGGGAACAAGAAGUAACUGCCCACCAACACUGCAAUUCAUUGCCUUGCGUUGUUUAUCUCGUGGAAUAUCUACAUGAAAAUACAAACCUGUGCAUUCAUUCUUUUUUUCUUCAGAGUUCGAGGAAUGCAACAGUAUUCUGCAUAUUGGUAUUUCUUCAUUUACCGAUGAACAAUGGGAAGUGGGGGAUUAAAAAGGCAAGGUGGCUCUACUAUGAAUGCUGUAUUUCUAAAUAGUUUAAGGCACACUGUGCUUUCCAGGAGAGCUCCAGAAAGUAUUCUUUGUUUCUAAAGACACAGAUGAGCUGAUUGUAAAAGAAGCGUGCAUAACACAGAGUUUAAUGAUGAUCAUGUACACAUAAGUACAAGUUGUUUUAAAGCCUGUUAUGUUAAUGUGGAUGUACAAAAUUGAAAUGCUUUACCAUUAUACUGAUCGUUUUCUUCAUUCACUAGUCAUCUUCUUGCUCUGUUCAGUACAAUGUUCUGAAAUGCCAAAUUUGGGAUCUUGGUUUUGGGAUCUCGUUUUUAGCUUCAGGUGGUGUAAAUGCUGCAUAGUUAUGUCAGUCUUUGUGGCAGCUUUGGUUUCAGUGGAGUGGUAAAGACUCACAACCACUGAAAAUUUGGUGUAACAUGCAUACUGAGUUUAGUGUUGGCAUCACCCUAGAGUCUGCUGGAAAGGCUUUGUUUUAAAGAUACUUACCUAAUAAUUUCUAAUUCAACAUCUUUUUGCAAUGGGAAAUGCUACCUUUCUUCAUCUCAGAAUGUCUUGAAAUGCUCUCAUUGUGCAUAUAAGGUGAAUUUCACUUCUGUGCUUUAUAAGUAGCACCAUACACUAGUGACAGUAAUAUUGGGAAUGCUGGUAUGACCUUAAUAAUUACAAUGUCUUGGCAUUAAGGAGUUCUGUCUUUAAUGCAUUUCACAAGAAUGUCAUAAAUGCAUAGUUAAUAUAUCAGUGUAUCAAAAAGAAGGAAAAGGAUCCAAUGCUUGCAUCAGUGGAUCCAAGGUGUAUUUUCAGAGGAAACUAGCCUUAUGUUAAGCAACAGUGCAGUAUCUAUUUCCUCUCAAACACCAUAUCCAGUGCAUGAAAACUCAGGUUAGUGAACAAUUGCUCUGGCAGAAAGCUUCAUGCAGUUGCUGUGUUUGAACAACUGAAUUUGUGAAAGAUGCUGGAUGUUAUCCUUUAUUACAGAAACAGCACAAAGGAAAGACUUAUUGUGGCAUAGGAUGCUGAAAGAAAACCUUUUUUUACAAUUUGUUUUACUUAAUAAAUAAGUUUUACCUGAAAUAAAAGAGCAACAAAGGUAGAAAAGACAACUUUGUCUAUAUUAAAAUUCUUAGUAACAAUUCUACCUUAAUUAAAAGUCUGCCAGUAUUUCACAGUAUUUCACAUUUCCAUGAGAAAGUGCUCAUAUGUUUAUAACACAGCAACAUAUCAUUGUUUUGGGAUGAAACCAACCACAUGAAUGGGGUGAAUUUCUAUCCUCUUUUUAUGAAUCCUGCUCCAUCCUUUGCCAACCUUAAUAAACAAAAUCAGAGAUAUUUUUCAAGAUGUAAAUUCUAAACACUAACAUUGUAGAGGGAUCUGCAUUUCCAGGGCUUUGAAUUUUAAAAGUCAGAUGCAUUUUCUUGAAGUUACAUAUACAUAGCUAUUUGAUUACUGCUCAAAAAUGUAAGCAUUUGUAACCUAAAGCUCAUUUGCAUUGAAACAGUAGUUGAUCACACCCCAAAGAGACUCCAUGCAGGGUGUGAGCAUACCCACUCUGCCCUCUGGCAGAAAGGAGAUGUGCAUGGAAGGCCUGAGCCUGAGCCCAGCCACAUGCUCAUUGGACCCAAGAUUAGCCAAAUGAAAAAUAAAUGGGAGAUUUUGCAACUCACAGUAAUGGCAAACUGGGCAAUUUGUGUUCCUGGGGCAGCUGGGCCUCUGCCAUUUUGUGUGUUCCAGGAGCACCCGCUUUAGAGGGACUGAGGAAUGGCCUUCAGAAGGACUUGGCAAAAGGAAGGCAUGAAUCCUCCACAGCAAAUGUUGUUGGGCAGCAGUGAGGGAAUGUCAGACCUCCAGCUCGAAGCACAGCCUUGGGAAGAAGCACAUGAUUACCCUUAGUCAAUGAGUGAAAUCUAAGUGCCUGGCCCACUCUGUGACUUAGGAAGGUGCCAGAGUUAUGCUGCUUUGACAACUCCCAUUCUUUGUCAUCUGUAGCAAUUAUGGCACUUGUAAGGUUUAAUUUUAAAUUACUGUUUAUGUGAGCUGCAUAUCUUUCUGUGCAGCACAGGAUUUUGCAGAUACUUCCAGAUGAUUCACAAAUCUGUAUUUAAGCACCUCUUUAUUGAGCACUCAGAGAAUCACUGAGGAAAAAAAAAAAAAAAAAAAAAAAAAGUAUUUCUCAGAGUUUCCAACAUAGAUCAGUAUGUUCCUCUUAGCUCUGUUCCUCUCUGGACAGCUGUUUUAUCUGGUAAAAUUACGUGGUGAGAAGGUUGUCAUUAUUGAGCAUGUCACACUGCUGCAGAAAAAGAAAGCAUCACAGUAAGAUGACUAACUAGGGUGUUGUGUCGUGAAGCACAGAUAGGCACAGAUGGGAUGAUUUAGGCCUCUAUCAUCCUGCCUUGGCAGAGGGAUGACCUGCCAAUAUUCUGUCAAGAUGUAUUUUCCAUGAUUUCAUAACAGCAGAGGUGGGUGCUGUGCUCUUGUUGGGGCAGGAAGGUGCUUAACUCUGCUUAUAUGUUGAGAUUUUCAUCACAGUCCAGUUUUAGGAUCUUUAAAAAGAAAAAAAAAAAAAAAAAAGAGUCUAAAGGGUAUCAGAUCUCUACACUGAGUUUAAGAAUCUAAUUCCUUUCCUGUCAUUGCAAGUAAAAGCAACUUUGAGAAGUGACUGCUGGAAGUUACUUUGUGUGACGUGUGAUGGGCAGCAGUGUGACUAGAUGCAACCCCUCCUUUUCCAAGUGCUGGUGAUCUUAGUUUGUAUAUGUUCCCUCAUCUGCAUUUCUCUCCACCACCACACGAAGUGUUAACUCUCCAAUCUGUGCACCUUACAAAUUUUCAGGAGGAACAUUUUGCCUGUAAUGUUUGUAUUUUUCGUUGACUUGCUGUUGAUCCAGACUGACAGACUGGAAAGUGUGCAUUGUAAUCCAAUCCAAGUCAUAGCUUUCAGGUACUUGU